CGUUAACAAUUUUUCAUUAUUAUACUUAAAAUAAUACCUUUGUAGAAUGCUUACUCCCACAAAAAAAGCAGAAUACAAGAAAAAUUGCCGGACAACUUCUUCAAUUACGCCCCCCAGCAUUAACGUUCUCUCUCUCUCUCUCUCUCCCUCCAACAUAGAGGAAAAACGCACAAAAAUUGAUUUUUCUCGCAGGGUUGGAGCCGAGCGACGCUGGGAUCUGCGUUCUUGAUGACUGUGACCCGACAGCAGUUCUCACGAUUGUUUACUAUUUUGGUUUCUUUGGAUUUGCAUUGAUUGAACGAAGUGGAACAAACAGUAACAAGAGCAAGGGAGAUUCGCUUUGUGGAAAGACUUCAUUUUUUCGAAUCUUGUCGAAAGAAAAAGGAACAAAAGGAGAAUCUGUUGUUAAUUUGUGUUCUUGGGAUAUAAGUGGGGGAGAGAAAUGUUGUCCAAGAUUGGUGACCAUCAGACGGUCCCAUUGUCCGUGUUGUUAAAGAGGGAAUUGGCCAAUGAGAAGAUCGAGAGGCCCGAGAUUUCACACGGGCAAGCCAGUCAGAGCAAGAAAGGCGAGGACUUUACAUUCAUCAAGACUGAAUGUCAACGAGUCUUGGGCGAUGGAGUCACGACAUAUUCUGUCUUUGCGUUAUUUGAUGGUCACAAUGGAUCUGCAGCUGCCAUAUAUGCCAAGGAGAAUCUCUUGAACAAUGUAUUGAGUGCUAUUCCACCAGAUCUUAACAGUGACGAAUGGAUCGCGGCAUUGCCCAGGGCUUUGGUUGCAGGAUUUGUCAAAACAGAUAAAGAUUUCCAACAAAGAGCACAAACAUCCGGAACAACAGUUACCUUCGUAAUAAUAGAGGGAUGGGUCUUGACUGUAGCAUCAGUUGGUGAUUCUCGUGGUGUGCUUGAAUCUGCUGAAGGGACAAUAUAUUAUCUGUCAGCAGACCAUAGACUUGACGUCAGUGAAGAGGAAAGGGAAAGAAUAACUGCAAGCGGUGGUGAGGUAGGUCGGCUUAAUACUGGAGGCGGCACAGAGAUUGGUCCGUUGAGAUGUUGGCCUGGUGGUCUGUGUCUUUCACGAUCCAUUGGCGAUCUUGAUGUUGGAGAGUUCAUAGUUCCUGUACCUUAUGUAAAGCAAGUAAAGCUAUCAUCAACCGGCGGUAGGCUUAUAAUCUCAAGCGACGGUGUUUGGGAUGCAUUAUCCGCAGAAGCAGCUUUCGAGUGUUGUAGAGGGAUGCCGGCAGAUGCUGCAGCUGCACAAAUCGUUAGAGAAGCAGUACAGGGGAAAGGGCUUCGAGACGAUACAACCUGUAUAGUCGUCGAUAUACAACCUCCGGAGAAGCCUGAUCCUCCAAAACCACAUGUGAAAAAGCACGGCAAGAAAGUCUUUAAGAAUAUGUUUCGCAAAAAAACUUCAGAGUCGUCUUCUCAGUCCGGCAAGGAAGAAUACUUCGAACCAGACGUUGUCGAGGAGCUUUUCGAGGAAGGAUCAGCUUCACUUUCAGAAAGGUUGGACUCAAAGUACCCCGUCUGCAAUAUUUUCAAGCUGUUCAUAUGUGCGAUUUGCCAAGUUGAAAUAAAACCUGGAGAAGGCAUUUCAAUACAUGCGGGAACGAAUGAUCCAAGAAAAUCGCGGCCGUGGGACGGUCCUUUCCUUUGCUUGAGCUGCCAAGAGAAGAAAGAGGCCAUGGAAGGAAAAAGACUUUCUGGAGCUGGCAGAUAUAGUAGUGGAAGUGAAUAGUCAUACUUCUCGUGAGCUAAUUUCGACCCUCAAGUCCUUGAACCGAUCUCAACUGAGACGACCAUUAUUGUCUGAAAGAUAAAAAGAAUUCCCUUCCGUCGUCACAAGAUGCGACGAAGCUGGUUAACCCUUUUGUCAAUAUCUAAGACACAAUGAAAUAUUUUUGCUUCUGCUGUGUUUGGACUUGACAACAAAGAUAUUGAAACAAUUCUGUGAAGUGAGUUGGAAACGCUUGACGACGAUGGAUGAAAUCAUGGGAAUGCCUUCCUCCGAGUAAGUCUCUCCCUUAUGUACGUACUAUCACCGAAGAACAGAUCAAAGAUUUUAACUUAUUUGCUCCUUCCCCGAGUAACGUUUACUUGUAUACUCCCCCUCAUGUAGCUAGCAACAAUCGAAAGCUACCCUCGCUGUAAUAUUGCCUCAUAGAAUGUUGGACUAGGCGAUCUUAGGAUUUCUUUUUCUUUUUUGGACAACAUCAUUUUUUUCAUUUUAUCGUUACUUGUGUAACUGAGAAGGAAGAUAAGCAUUCAGAAUAGAGAAUCAGUGCAUAUCUUUGUCGA